AUGGGGACUGAAAAUCCUAAUCAAUUGAAUUUGCCUUUAAGACCUGCUUCCACACCUUUUUCUGCUCCGCCUCCACGGGGUGCAACACCUUUCCAAUCAUCUGCUUUUCAGCCUCCUCCUCCCGCUUCCUCCCAGUCAAUGCCACCUUCCUAUUCAUCUGGGCCUGUGGUUGGAUAUGAGGCUUCGGGUUUCAGACCUAUGGCGCCGGGGAUUUCACCACCUCCAAUGUCUGCAUCACAUGGUACAUCAGGUCCAGGCUCUUUCCAACGUUUUCCAAGUCCGCAAUUUUCUUCAACUGCCCAGGUGCCACCUCCGCAUUCUUCAUUUGCUGGACCGCCAUCUUUCUCACCAUCAGUUAGACCUGUUUCAGCCCCUAUUUCAUCACCUCCAGUCCCUAAGGUAUCCUCCCCACAGAGCAUGGGCACUUUGCAGCCAAGUGUCGCUGUUCCUCAGUCACCUAUGGAUCCACGAUUUGCUGCUCCCAUUACUACCUUACAGCAAUCUUCACCUCAGACAGUCUCAUCUUAUCCUCUUGCCAGACCGGCCUUGCAGCCAGGUUUUCCAGGGUAUCCCAGCCAGCAACCUAGUGCAAUUACACAACCUCCAACUGCACAAUCUAAUGUCUUUUCUUCUCAACAAGGAGGCUAUAUCUCAGCAACACCUAGCCCCUUUCUUUCUCAACAAGGAGGAUAUGUACCACCCUCAAAAAUGCAACAUCCUGGUUCUGCCCCUCCUAUACCACAAAUGCACGGAUUAGCAGAGGACUUCAAAUCACUUUCUAUUGGGUCUGUUCCAGGAUCAUAUGACACAGGAAUUGAUUCUAAUGCUUUACCAAGGCCACUUGAAGGCAAUGAGCAGCAAAGCCCCUUGUCUGAAAUGUUCCCCAUGAACUGCAGUUCUAGGUAUCUACGGCUGACAACCAGUGGCAUACCAAAUUCUCAGUCUCUAGCUUCAAGAUGGCAUUUAUCCCUUGGAGCAGUUGUGUGCCCUCUUGCUGAGGCUCCUGAUGGGGAAGAAGUUCCUGUAGUCAAUUUUGCUACAACUGGCAUUAUACGAUGCAGAAGGUGUCGAACUUAUAUAAACCCAUAUGUGACAUUUACAGAUAGUGGAAGGAAAUGGAGAUGCAACAUAUGCCAAUUGCUUAAUGAUGUUACUGGUGAUUAUUUUGCCCAUUUAGAUGCCAGUGGCAGAAGGGUUGAUUUGGACCAGCGGCCUGAGCUUAUUAAGGGUAGUGUGGAGUUUAUUGCUCCAGCUGAGUACAUGGUCCGACCUCCAAUGCCACCAUUGUAUUUUUUUCUCAUUGAUGUAUCAAUAUCUGCUGUAAAAAGUGGAAUGCUUGAGGUUAUAGCAAAAACUAUCAAGAGUUGUUUGGAUAAUUUGCCUGGAUAUCCCAGAACACAGAUUGGGUUCAUAACUUUUGACACUACCAUACAUUUUUAUAAUAUGAAGUCAUCUUUGACACAGCCACAAAUGAUGGUUGUAUCAGAUCUUGAAGACAUUUUUGCUCCAUUGCCAGAUGACCUUCUUGUCAACUUGUCAGAAUCUAGAGCUGUCAUAGAUGCAUUUCUAGAUAGCUUGCCUUCAAUGUUUCAGGAGACUAUGAAUGUGGAAUCGGCUUUUGGUCCUGCUCUUAAAGCUGCAUACAUGGUUAUGAGUCAACUUGGCGGUAAAUUAUUGAUCUUUCAGAACACACUGCCAUCACUGGGCAUUGGCCGCUUGAAGCUGCGUGGAGAUGAUCCUCGCCUGUAUGGAACUGAUAAAGAACAUAUGCUGAGAAUACCAGAAGAUCCUUUUUAUAAACAGAUGGCUGCUGAUUUCACCAAGUAUCAAAUUGCUGUCAAUGUGUAUACCUUUAGUGACAAGUAUAUGGAUAUAGCAACUUUAGGGACGCUGGCGAAGUAUACUGGUGGUCAGGUAUAUCACUAUCCAAGUUUCCAUGCUUCCGUUCAUAAAGAUAAAUUGAGUCAUGAGUUGGCAAGAGAUCUGACAAGAGAGACUGCCUGGGAGGCUGUGAUGCGAAUACGAUGUGGAAAAGGUGUUCGUUUCACCACUUAUCAUGGGAACUUUAUGCUGCGAUCCACUGAUCUACUAGCACUUCCAGCUGUUGAUUGUGAUAAGGCUUAUGCAAUGCAGUUAUCACUUGAAGAAACUCUGCUAACUACCCAGACCGUAUAUUUCCAAGUUGCUCUGCUAUUCACAUCAUCUUCUGGAGAAAGGCGCAUUAGGGUACACACAGCAGCCGCACCUGUUGUUGCAGAAUUAGGAGAAAUGUUUCGCCUUGCUGAUACUGGCGCUAUCAUUUCUUUGUUCAGUAGGCUAGCAACUGAGAAAACUCUUUCCUCUAAAUUGGAAGAAGCUAGAAGUUCAAUUCAACUCAGAAUUGUUAAAGCCCUCAGAGAAUAUCGAAAUCUGUAUGCUGUUCAGCAUCGCUUGGCGGGGAGGAUGAUAUAUCCAGAAUCACUGAAAUUAUUGCCUUUGUAUGCGCUGGCUUUAUCCAAGUCAACACCUCUACGAGGUGGAUAUUCUGACGUUCAACUCGAUGAACGCUGUGCUGCUGGAUUUACUAUGAUGGCAUUGCCCGUUGCAAAGUUGUUGAAACUUUUGUAUCCUGACUUGACUCGUAUAGAUGAGUAUCUUCUGAAAACAUCUCCUUCUGCUGACGAGUCCGGGAACAUGUUGAGAAGGCUGCCACUUACCAUAGGUAGUUUGGAAGACAGGGGCCUCUAUAUCUACGAUGAUGGCUUCCGGUUUGUUAUAUGGUUUGGCCGAAUGCUUUCACCUGAUAUCAUCAAGACUUUAAUGGGCGAUGACUUCACUGCAGACUUCUCAAAGGUUUGCAUUCGUGAGCAAGACAAUGAAAUGUCGAGAAAGUUAAUGGGCUUGCUUAGGAAGUAUCAUCAAAGUGACCAAUCGUAUUAUCAAUUAUGUCACCUCGUGAGGCAAGGCGAACCACCCAGAGAAGGCUUUUUCCUACUCUCGCAUCUAGUUGAGGACCAAACGGGUGGUUCCAAUGGCUAUAUGGAUUGGAUUGUGCAAUUACAUCGGCAAGUCCAGCAGAGUGCAUAAAGUACAGGGCACUUUUACCAACAGCCUUUUUCAAUUGGCAAUCAUCACAGAGAGUCAUGUGUUUCGUCCAGUUAUGGUCCCCGAUGCUUCACUGAGAAAGACGUGAAAUUGGGAGUCAAUGAUGCACUCGGGAUCAAGCCCUGGGGUUCUGCGUCUGUCUGGAUGGAAGGAAUAUUGGGUAGACGCUAUAUCCUUGCUUUGAUGCCUGGAGAAGAAACAAGAGUGAAGAAGGGAAAGGGGGUGGGGGGCAAAACAAAAGUAAAAUGACCAUCUUCCCCUUUCAUAAUUCUGUGUUUUUAAAAGAGUUUUUGAGUUAUAUCUUUUUUUUUUUCUUUUUCUUUUUAAGGCUCUGCAUUUAAGUUACAUACAAAUUAUCACAUCAGAUCAGAUCAUUCACUGUGUACACUUGUACUGUUCCUCCAUUUUGCAGUAGGGUACUGACAUUUAGACCUCUGAAA